UGACUCCUCCCCUAUCCACAAUGUCCCACGUCGUAGCACCCCUAGACCUCCCAUCAAGUUACAAGGACAGUCAAUCAGAGCUCGACCGCGAGACUGAGAGGCGCCUCCUGUCUUCCUCCACCACGCUCUAUGUCGGCAACUUGAGCUUCUACACCACAGAAGCCCAGAUCUACGAGCUGUUCUCGGGAUGUGCAUCUCCCGAAGAAGGUGGUGGCAUCAAGAGGAUCAUCAUGGGUCUCGAUCGCCAUAACAAAACCCCUUGUGGAUUUGCCUUUGUGGAGUACUACCUCCACUCAGAGGCCGUUGCGUCACUGCGAUACAUCUCGGGCACCAAGUUGGACGAGAGGAUCAUCCGCUGUGACCUCGACCCUGGGUACAAGGAGGGACGUCAGUUUGGACGAGGCAAGAGUGGUGGACAGGUUCGCGACGAGUUCAGGCAAGAAUACGACAGCGGACGCGGCGGCUGGGGACACCAGCGUCUCGAGAUGGAGCGACGACAGCAGGAGCAGGACCGCCUUCGCCAGCAGGUUCAGUUCGACACGUAUGCUGCUAUCGGCGGCCUUGGCCAGGCCGGCGCCGAUGUGCCCACUGGAGAAGCCGCCGAGCGGAGCAAGCGUGCCCGCAGCGAGGAGUAUGAGCGCCGAGACGGGGACGAGGGCAAGAGGUUCCGUAGCGAACGUGACGAUGAGUAGGUGGUUGUUUGUAGAGCAUGACGCACACAGUCUCUGCAGUAUCAUUGUGC